AUGCCACCUCGCAUCUUCCUCCGAUGCGCCCCUACCUCCAACCGACACUUCUCGCAAACGCCGCGGCGCCAGAACGUUCCAUUCACGGUCUUCCGCGAUGUUCCCUCUCUUCGUGAAGUCCGCCGGCCGAUGUUCCAGCCACCAAAUAAGGUCGGCUUCGUGCCUACCAUGGGUGCGCUGCACGAAGGUCACCUCUCCCUAGUUCGGCACGCCCUGAGUGAGAACAACCAUGUUUUCGUGUCCAUUUUUGUGAAUCCCACACAGUUUGGCGUCAAUGAAGACCUCGAUUCAUACCCCAAGACUUGGGAUGAAGACCUGCAAAAGCUGAAACAGGCGCAGGAUGAGUAUCUGCGAUCAAGUGGGAGCGGACGGGAUAGCAGGAUACAAGGCAUCUUUGCGCCUUCUGUGAAGACCAUGUACCCAACCCUACCACCGUCUUCAGAAAUUGGUGGAGAUGGCUCAUUCGUUACCAUCACGCCGCUUGGAAAAUGGUUGGAAGGUGCUUCGAGACCGGUAUUCUUCCGUGGCGUGGCUACCGUUUGUAUGAAGCUAUUCAAUAUUGUACAGCCGGAUAGGGUGUAUUUUGGCCAGAAAGAUGUGCAGCAGUCUGUACUGAUCAGGCGAAUGGUGAAGGACUUUCACAUUCCAACCCAGGUGCGCAUCAUUCCUACCACCAGAGAAAGUGAUGGACUCGCAAUGAGUAGUCGAAAUGUCUAUCUCGGGGACAGGCGGCGGGAAGAUGUGUCCGUGCUAUCAAGGGCGUUAUUUGCUGCCCAGGACGCAUAUGAAUCGGGCGAGCUCUCGGCAAAAGAGAUUCGACAAUCGGCGCUCGAUGUCUUUGACAGGGACGUCAAGCGCGAAGACGGCUCGUGGGGAAAGAGCUGUCGCUUAGAAGUGGACUACAUCGCUCUUAGCAAACCCGAUGAUAUGAGCCAGAUGGAGGAUUCGACAAUGAUCGUUCCAUCGGAGGGUGCCAUUUUGAGCGCCGCGAUGAAAGUGCAUCCGGUCGAUGAUCCAGUAGACGACGUGGAGCGCCAGCAAAUCAGUGUUCGACUGAUCGACAACGUGAUCUUGAAACCACGUUGA